UCUUCCUCCUUACAAUUUAUGUAUGUAUACAUGGUUGCAUAUCUGGAGAAGAAACCCUAACCCUAACUUUUCAAAACCCCCAAUAUCAUCAUCAUCGUCAACAUUUCUUCUGUUCUUCACCAGAUCACAAUUUGAAUGGAGAGCAUAGGGGUUCCGAAACCUAGAACUGCCGAAGAGGUUUUUAAUGAUUUUAAAGGAAGAAGAGCUGGUUUGAUUAAAGCUUUGACUACUGAUGUUCAGAAGUUUUAUCAGCUGUGCGACCCUGAGAAGGAAAACUUGUGUCUAUAUGGUCUUCCAAGUGAAGGAUGGGAAGUGAAUCUGCCUGUUGAGGAGGUGCCCCCUGAACUUCCUGAGCCAGCUUUAGGUAUAAACUUUGCUCGGGAUGGGAUGCAGGAGAAGGACUGGUUAUCGCUUGUAGCAGUUCAUAGUGAUUCGUGGUUGCUCUCUGUUGCUUUCUAUUUUGGUGCCCGUUUUGGCUUUGGUAAGAGUGAAAGGAAGAGGCUUUUCCAGAUGAUAAAUGAUCUUCCCACUGUCUUCGAAGUCGUAACUGGAGCUAAAAACCUUAAGGAUCAGGUUGGAGCUCAAAGCAAUGGCAGUAAAAGCAAGUCAAGUGGGAAAAUGCAGCCGAGAGCGUCAUCUGAAUCUCUCCCUAAAGGGGUAAAGAUGACUCCACCACCAAAAUAUGAAGACGAGAGUGGAGAGGAAGAAGAUGAUGAACAAGGAGGAACCCUCUGUGGAGCUUGCGGUGACAACUACGCAGCUGAUGAGUUUUGGAUUUGCUGUGAUAUCUGUGAAAGAUGGUUCCACGGUAAAUGUGUGAAAAUUACACCUGCGAAAGCCGAGCAUAUCAAGCAGUACAAAUGCCCAACUUGCACUACCAAACGGGCUCGACUUCAGGUUUAGUAACUUAGAAAUAUAAGCCGUAUCGCUUUUAUGGGUUUCUUUAACGAUGUUGGGGGUUCGGAUUUAGUCUAAUGUAUGUGGGGAUAGGUUGCUGGAUUUUGUCAAGGUGAGCGUUAGAUACUGUAGAUUUGUUUAUCAUACUUGGUUGUUGAUUUAGCACCCUGUGCAAUAUGCUUUGAUGUUUGUUAAGGGUUUUUUAUUUAAAUAUUUGUCUAUGUUUCACAA